CGAAACAGCACCAAAAUGGAGUGGACCCCUAUGGAAAUCAACCCCGAGAUGCUGAACAAGAUGAUGAGCAAGCUAGGCGUGGGUGAGAGCUGGCGCUUCGUUGAUGUGCUGGGGCUGGAGAGUGAGCAACUCUCCGCCGUCCCGAAACCAUGCUGUGCCUUGAUGCUGCUCUUCCCUCUCACACAACAGCAUGAGUCUUUCAGACAGCAGCAGGCGGACAAGGUUGCAGGAGACUCUGGGGUUUAUUUCCUGAAGCAGACAGCAGUCAAUUCUUGCGGCACCAUCGCCCUGCUGCAUGCUGUGGCCAACAAUAAAAGCAAACUGACAUUUGAUACUGGCUCUGCCCUGAAGAAGUUUCUUGAUGAAACUGCAAACAUGUCUCCUGAUGACCGUGCCAAACAUCUGGAGAACAACCAGGCAAUCUGUGAGGCUCACAAUGAGGUUGCAGUGCAAGGCCAGUGUAGGCCGGAAGCUGACAAGGUCCAUUUCCACUUUAUUGCCUUUGUCAAUGUCAAUGGAGAACUUUUUGAAUUUGAUGGGAGAAUGAAUGGAGUGGUGAAGCACGGAGCUACCAAAGACGAGUCUUUCAUAACGGAUGCAUCCAAAGUGUGCCGUGGAUUCAUUGAGAGAGAGCAAGGCGAGGUCCGUUUCUCCGCAGUGGCUCUUAGUCACAGUUAGAUGUUCGGUAGGACACACAACCAAAUUGUAAACCAAAACGUCCUGAAGCAUUCACAUGGCAAACACAAUCAUCAGGCACCCAGAACAACCUGUGAACACAUACAUCUGCAGACACUAUGCACUAUAAAGCACAUAUUGUUGCCACAGACUGUACUUUCAUCUCAUGAACAAAGCAUUCUUUAGCACAUGUACACAUAAACACAAACACACCAUAAAAACCUUAUGUUCUGUGGGCACUAACUGAUACAAGCUUGUCCAAACCUUUUUAUGUGAUAUCAUUUAGCAAUGGGAAUUGUAAAACAUGAGGUCAAAUAUCACCACUGCUUGUGUAUGUAUGUAUUUGUCUUUUUGCAACUUUUUCUGUAUGUGAACAUUGAAGCAUUUGUGUCAAAUUCAAAAGACUAAUGCUUAAAUACCUUUUGUGCCAAUAAAUAGAAUAAAGAAAAGUGAGAAGGAAAAGACAGAAAACUUGUGUGGAGAAACGUUUGCCUGUUUCUCUGAAUGCCUUUUUAGUCGCUGUGUGGUUGAGUUUAUAAGGAUCUGACAUUCCUCAGAACAGCCCAAAUGUAUCCGUAGGAAUAAUUUAACCAUUGUUCAGGGAAUGCAUGCAACCUUUUGGUGGUGUUCUUGGGUGACAUUUCUCUGAAAAAGUGAGGUUUUCUUUGAGAAGUUUGAAUUUGAAGUGCAAAAGGGGUUGUGGUGGAUUGCAGUAGUUCAGAAAUUUAUAAACAGCUGAAUUAUGUUUGCAUUUAAUUUAAACAAUCUACAACUAGUCAAAUACACAAAUAGUGUGCAAGUUUAACACAGACCUUUCAAACAUCAUAGGGACCAUCAAAAUAAUGUGUUGCUCUAUGUUGGGUUGUUGUCGUGCAGUGCAGGGUGAUAGUACUGUAUGUCUAGGUUGUGCACCAAUUGUUUACCUUUCUGCACUUUCCGAAUACUGUGUUGCUGUAGUUCUGUUGGUGAUGCAGCUGUGGGAAUUCAAUAAAGCAACCAUUAGACUU